AUGCUUCGCAAGUCCCCACUCUUGUUUCGUCGAACCAUGUCUUCACUGAUUCACAAUCCCAAAACCGAGCAGUACACGCUUGCUGCCCUGAACGAGAAGGACGUUGCAAAACGCCCUGAGCUGCAAUUCGAGAAAUGGUUCAAAGAGGCCCAGGAACAAAACAUCGUGGUACCCGAGGCUCUGAAUCUUGCUACCGCUGAACUCCCCUCUGGCAGGGUAUCUAAUCGUACGGUGCUGAUGAAAGAGCUGGAUACCAAUGGCAACGUUGUUAUUUACUCCAAUUGGGGCACCAGUCGCAAGGCGGCCGACUUCAAAACCAAUCCGUAUGUUUCGCUCACGUUCUGGUGGAAGGAGCUGCAGCGCCAGGUCCGGGUCGAGGGUAAAGCGCAUUUGCUUUCAAAAGAGGAAAGCCAGCCCUACUUCGAUGAACGGCCCAAGGGCUCGCGAAUUGGUGCCAUUGCCUCCAAACAGAGCCAACCGAUCGAGAGCCGUGAAAAACUCGAGGAAACAGUUGCUCAAGUUGCCAAAAAGUACCAAGACACAGAAGAGAUCCCUUGCCCAGAGUACUGGGGAGGUCUGGCGGUAGAGCCAGAUCACUGGGAGUUUUUCCAGGGCCGAGAGUCUCGUGUACAUGAUCGCAUUGUUUUUGACAAGCAAGGCUCUGACUGGAAAGUGUCACGCAUUUGCCCCUAA